GACUUUCUUGACCCGAUAUAGCUCCGAGAGAGAGAGAGAGAGAGAGAGAGAGAGAGGGGAAAGAUUUGGUAAUAACGUCUUCUUUGCCUCCAUGAGUCCAUAGCCAUCCCCCUUCAACCGAAGAAAAAAAAAAAAGCUAGCGAGGAGAAGUGAAAAAGAUGAAUGAAGGCGACGGGAAGAGCCGGGGAAUCACGGGCGAUCACUACGGCGGCGGCGGCCACCCCCAUCAGCAGCAGUAUGGGACGUUCCAGGGCAGCGCCCCGGGCUAUCCUCAGCCGGCAAUCGGGUUCCCGCAGCCGGCUCCUCCGCCCGCGUUGGCCCCCUCUACUUAUCUCCCUCCUUAUUCCGGCGGCCCUCUAUACUAUUCCCAUGGCUACCAAUUCGUUCCAGGUUAUGCUACGGUUGCUGAAGGAAGACCUUUAAGAAUGCCACGCCUUCCCUGCUGUGGCAUUGGUAUUGGCUGGUUUCUGUUUAUCAUUGGCUUCUUUCUUGCUGCUAUUCCCUGGUAUGUUGGAGCUUUCAUUCUACUUUGGGUCAGAAUAGAUUACAGAGAGAAACCAGGGUUCAUUGCUUGCACUAUUGCUGCAAUUCUUGCUGCAAUUGCUAUUCUUCUGGGAGUAACACAGGGAACUGAUGUAUGGUGAUUCAUUUACAAAGCUGCAGUUGGUCACCUUUAGCGUAUUUAUAUUCACCCGAUAUUGUAAAUUCUGGAAACAAUCUGUAGUUUUUUAUUUAAUUCAUAAGCUGGUGCAGGUUUUUUAUUUGUUAAUAAGAUUGCAAGUAACUAAAGGGUGAUUAAAAGUCCCAUAGCUAUAUCUGCUGUUUGCAAUGGUUUCUUUCACAUAUUACCUGCUUCCCUUGUUCAGUGUAGAUUUAAGCUCAUGGUGGAAAAGAAUCUUUUGAAGGUCCUUGUGACUUUGUUGUUGCUAUUUUUAACCUCUCUCGGACGGGAAAGAAAUGAAAUAUCAGCAAAUAUUUAUUUUGGCUGA